AUGACUGGAGUCCGCGACGUCGACGCGCAGCUGUUCAUACAAGCGUAUGCUCAGUUUCUGAAGCGCCAAGGCAAAUUGCCUGUUCCGGUCGGCGUCAGUCGCCUCCGAAAAGUUCACGGCACGGGCAAGAACCGCGGAAUGCGCCCUUCCCAUCACUACAACGGUAGCGGCAGCGUCGACCGCAAGGCCAUUCAGGCGCUCGCCAAGCUGCAGAUUCUGGAGCUGGAUGAUAAUACUGGCGGUCGUCGCAUUACGGCUCAGGGUCAGCGCGAUCUCGAUCGCAUUGCCUUGACCGUUGCUGAGGCUGCUGCCGACGAUGACUCGAGCGACGCCUAA